GUCAACAGUUAACGGUUAAUCAAAACAGGCCUGUUCAAACACUUGAAAGAAUGUCUUACUGCCCAGUUAUGCAACUCGUGCUGCCUCCCACUUUCACUGGAGCUCUUCAAGUGAAGAAGACCUGAAAGGUUCUCCUUUGCUUUUGUGUUGGAAGGAAAGUGCAAUGGAUUCGAUGAACGCUGUAAAAGCUGUGAUGAUUCUGGUGUGUACAGCAACCUGUGGAGCCAUGCCCACCUCUUCACCCCGUCAAGAAAAUCUCUCCAAAGCCCAGAACUACCUGUCUCAGUUUUUCUCCGAAGUCGGGGUCGCUUCUCCCUCCUCUGUCGUGCGGAGCUCUCUGGACUCUUUCAAUGACACGUUAAAAAAAAUGCAGGAAUUCUUUGGUCUGGAAGUGACAGGGCAGUUGGACUCUAACACUCUGGAAGUGAUGGCUCGCCCCCGCUGUGGUUUCAACGACAUGGCCAGAUACGGCCACUUUGAUGGCCGACCAAAGUGGAACAAGGCUGUGGUCACAUACAGAAUUACCGACUACACACCAGAUAUGAGCCAAAGAGACAUCAACUCCACCAUAGCCAAAGCCUUCAAGCUGUACAGUGAUAUUAUUCCUCUGGAUUUCCAACAGUCAGACAGUGAAACAGCUGACAUCAUGAUUAAGUUCAAGUCUGGAGACCAUGGGGACUUUGCUCCGUUUGACGGUCAGAAUGGUGUACUGGCACAUGCGUUUUCUCCUGGAGAAGGCAAUGGAGGGGAUGCCCACUUUGACGAGGAUGAAAACUGGACUCUGACCUCAGAAGGAGCCAACCUGUUCUUAGUUGCUGCACACGAGUUUGGCCAUGCGCUAGGGCUGGUUCACUCUCAGGAUGAGACAGCCCUGAUGUUCCCCACCUACAAAUAUGUGAACACGGAUAGAUACACACUGCCAGAUGAUGACAGGGAAGGUGUGCAGGCUCUCUACGGAGUCAGAUCAGAUAUUCUCCCAAAACCGCAGCCUGAGGCAACAUCAGAACCUCCUCCGGACAGGUGCAACAGGGACCUGGUGUUUGAUGCAGUGACCACAAUAGGAGGGAAACUUUUCUUUUUUAAAGACGGAUAUUUCUGGAGAAAGGGCGGCCGCUGGGAGGGCAUCACCAGGCAUAAAAUUCAGUCUGUCUGGCCUGGAAUCCACAAAGUUGACGCAGCUUAUGAGAAUAAGAACAGGAAUACUGUCAUUUUCUUUGAAGGGAAUCAAUACUGGCAGUUUCGAGGUAAAACCGUCCUGCCUGGUUAUCCCAAACGUCUCAGCGACUUCGGCUUCCCUUCGUCAGUCACCAAAGUGGAUGCUGCUGUUCAUGUGUCCACUAUAAGCAAAACUCUUCUCUUUGUAAACAACAAAUACUGGAGCUACAACGAAGGGCGGCGCAGAAUGGACCGUGGCUACCCCAAAUUCAUCCACAGGCAUCUGCCUGGGGUUGGUCACAGAGUGGAUGCUGCUUUUGAGAACAGAGGUCAUCUGUACUUUUCCUCCGGCUCAAGACAAACAGAGUACCACUACCAACGAAGAAGAGCGCUUCACACUCUGAUGAACUACUUGUGGCUGGGUUGCUGAACACCUGUUCUGUAUUUCACUCAGGAUUUUAAAGGUUGAGACACAUGGUAAAAACUGAUUAUGUUCCCGCUCACCAGCAAAUCGCAUUUUCUUUGGUUUGUUUGGAGAGAAGACGAGUAAAAACAUCUACAUGUACUUUACUACACAUAUACAAUAAUGCUGUAAAUCUUGCAGUUUACAAAAAUGCCAUUACAAUUCUUUUGUUGGGAAGGUUGUUUUGAUAUGGCAACUAUCAAUGUAGUAAAAAAAUGAUGCAGUUUUAAA